UAUACCGAGAGGACACAAUGGUUGCUACAUCGUGUACAAGUGCUUGUGUGCUCGUUGCUUGCCUUCUGGCUGCUAUUGAUCUAGUGAUUUGUGAUUAUGAUGGAGAUCAACCGACAAGUUUGGAUUUCAAUGGACUCUGCAACGGGGGUAGGUGUUCAGAAACUGGCGAUGGGAUAGCUGGUGCUAUGUGGUUUGGCCCAAGACUUGGCAGGAAGAGAAGAUCUGAUGAGAAAAUGGAAACGAUCGAUGAAGACGUCGAAGCUAUGGCUGAUGUCAUCAACGGUGGACCCUGGACUUACGUGCAAUAUCCCGGGGCCGGAGAUAAACGACACACGACCCAAUUCACCCCCCGACUCGGCCGAGAACUAACCGACGAUAUUCUCCAAAAAUACCUGAAUUACGAUCUCGAGAGAAAUCGAUUGUCCCGGUACAUCGACAGAGAAUUCGAGGACAUGACAAUAAAUCACCACCAGCCACCAACCCCACCACCCCAAUUUGCCCCACGUCUUGGUCGUCAUCUGCCCUUCAACCCUUCCCCGAGACUCGGUCGUCACCUGCGAUUCAUGCGAAGAGCCUGAUCCCCCAGGAGUCACAAUUCCAGGAGCAGACGAUGAAUUUAAUAUCACGUUUUUGCGUCCCGACAGCUUCACCUAGACAUGGAGUACCAUAA